AUCCUUCAAAAGACAACUGAGGCAACACUGAGGUCGAACCGAAAGUAAAUAGACAAAUUUUUUUGGCAAUGUACGUGUUAUUUUAAGGCGAACAUUCAUCCUUCCAAUUUCAUUAUCAGCGAGCUGCUACGAAAUAUUUCAAGAUGCUUCUUUCAACUUCUACUGCAGUGAAACCAGCACAGCUUCUUUUUGGAAAGCAGUUGCAAACACUAUUUAAACAGGGAGCGGUGGUUUCAGCACGAAACGCACAGACAGAGGCUGCUGCCUCUAGUUCAUCGAGUAAUGUUCCUACCCAACAGUCAGCUGUUCAAGGUUCACCACCUCAAGAAAAAAUUCCAUACUCUCCUUUUACUCAUAACAAAGCCAAUGCGGUUGAAUAUGUUCUUGCAAGGGCUGAUGAUGUCCUCAACUGGGGUCGCAAGUCUUCCAUCUGGCCGUUGACAUUUGGUCUAGCCUGUUGUGCUGUAGAAAUGAUGCACAUCGCUGCACCUCGUUAUGAUAUGGACAGAUACGGUGUCGUCUUCCGAGCCACGCCAAGACAAGCUGAUCUGCUCAUCGUAGCUGGAACUGUAACCAAUAAAAUGGCUCCUGCACUUAGAAAAAUUUAUGAUCAAAUGCCUGAUCCAAGAUGGGUCAUCUCCAUGGGUAGCUGCGCCAAUGGAGGAGGCUACUAUCAUUAUUCUUACUCGGUAGUACGAGGUUGUGAUCGCCUCAUUCCAGUGGAUAUUUAUGUUCCUGGAUGUCCACCCACAGCUGAAGCUUUAAUGUACGGAAUCCUGCAACUUCAGAAGAAAAUCAAGCGUAUGAAGUCAUCCCAAAUCUGGUACAGAAAAUAAGUCACAAUUCCUCAUCUCUAGAAAUCAUCCCUCACCAUAGCUCUCACCAUCUUUGAUGCAGCUUUUUCACCAGAUCUACUUCAAGCAACAUGACAUGCUCUCUAGAGUCGCCCAUCCUUUGACCAGAAAUAAAAUGAGCGUUUCAUGAUUCUCUCUCAACUGAGGUAAUAAUAACCUGACAGACAUCAGAAUUUUAUUUCAAGAAAGUAGAAAAACGAUCAGUUUUAAGGUAUUUCUUUAGUUGACUGUAAACUUACUCAUAGAUAAACUCAGCUUCUUGCAAAUAGUUAUCUGUAAUGGCUAUUUUACCUUUCUCAAUCAGACCCAGCGGAUGAGUGUAAAUAGUAAAAGAAAUCAAUGUAUGUAUAUCUAUUAAUAAAUUUUUGUUUUACUCGUUA